AGGUAUGAACACAAGCAAGAGCGAGACAGUGAAAGAGCACCCAUUAAAACCUUCUAGAAGAUCUAUGCCAUGCCUCGCCCAGAGCCAAACACAUCCUCAGAGCCUGAGCAAGCAUUCGUCAUUUCUGCAGCCAAAUCGUGUGCAGCCCCAGCUCCAGCCCCAGCCUUUAAGUGCAGGGACAUCUGCAGCUGCAGUGGAUGCAGUGUCAGAAAGAGAUAAAGUAAUGGAGACUUUGGAAAACAACUUGCUUAAGCUGUCUAAUACAGAGUAUGGUGAUCCAUUUUUAGAUGUAGGAAAGGACAAAGAUACAUAUACAGAUGAUUCAGAACAUGGGAAUUAUGAUGCUCGUACAGAUCAGUCAUUGCUUAUUCAAAAUAAGCUCACCAGGCAGAAAACAGAACCUCGAACUAAAUCAUCUUUAAAGAGUGAUGCCAUGGUAUCAUCAGGACUCUUCUUCAAAGAUGGCAAAAAGCGCAUUGACUACAUCUUGGUCUACAAGAAAUCAAGUCCACAGGUAGAAAAAAGAAGCACAUUUGAGAAGAAUUUGAGAGCAGAAGGGCUGAUGUUAGAACGAGAGCCAGCUGUUACCAACAGUGAUAUCAUGUUCGUUAAAAUUCACUGUCCAUGGGAGACAUUGUGCAAAUAUGCAGAAAGAAUGAACAUCAGGAUGCCUUUCAGGAAAAAAUGUUAUUACACUGACUGGAGGAGCAAAACCAUGGGCAGUUUGCAGAGAAAUAUUAGAGAGCUGAAAAGUUGGUUGCCGAGAAAUCCGAUGAAGCUGGAUAAGGAGGCCCUGCCUGAUCUGGAAGAGACAGAUUGUUACACAGCACCCUUCAGCCGUGCACGAAUACACCAUUUUACGAUAAACAACAAAGACAGCUUCUUCAGCAAUUCCACAAGAAGUAGAAUUGUGCAUCAUGUGCUACAGAGAACGAAGUAUGAAGAUGGAAAAUCCAAAAUGGGUAUUAAUAGGUUACUAAAUAAUGGAACAUAUGAAGCAGCAUUCCCACCACAUGAGGGAAGCCACAAAAGCAGACAUCCCAUCAAAACACAUGGAGCACAGAAUCACAGACACCUCUUGUAUGAGCGCUGGGCACGAUGGGGAAUGUGGUACAAAUACCAGCCUCUUGAUUUAAUCAGGCGAUACUUUGGUGAAAAAAUUGGAUUGUAUUUUGCCUGGCUGGGAUGGUAUACUGGAAUGCUUAUUCCUGCUGCCCUGGUUGGGCUCUUUGUUUUCCUCUAUGGAUUAUUUACAAUGGAUUCCAGCCAAGUAAGCAAAGAGAUCUGUGAAGCAAAUGAAACCAUUAUGUGCCCUAUGUGUGAACGCAAUUGCACACUACAAAAACUCAAUGAAAGCUGCAUAUAUGCCAAGGUUACACAUUUGUUUGAUAAUGGAGGGACUGUCUUCUUUGCAAUUUUCAUGGCAAUUUGGGCAACAGUCUUUCUAGAGUUUUGGAAAAGACGAAGAGCUGUAUUAACUUAUGACUGGGACCUCAUAGACUGGGAAGAUGAAGAGGAAGAGCUGCGUCCCCAGUUUGAAGCUAAAUAUUCCCAAGUGGAACGAGUAAAUCCCAUCACAGGAAAACCUGAACCUUUUCAGCCUUUCCCUGAUAAACUCAGUCGACUGAUGGUGUCUGUCUCAGGAAUAUUCUUCAUGAUUUCACUGGUCCUUACUGCAGUGUUUGCAGUUGUGGUAUAUCGACUGGUAGCCAUGGAGCAGUUUGCUUCUUUCAAGUGGUAUUUCAUCAAGAAGUAUUGGCAGUUUGCAACUUCUGGCACUGGAGUCUGUAUCAAUUUUAUGAUCAUCAUGUCACUCAAUGUUGUAUAUGAAAAGGUUGCCUAUCUCCUGACAGACUUAGAGCACCCUAGAACAGAAUCUGAGUGGGAAAACAGCUUUGCCUUGAAAAUGUUCCUUUUCCAGUUUGUCAACUUGAACAGCUCCAUCUUCUACAUUGCCUUUUUUCUUGGCAGAUUUGCAGGCCGCCCGGGAAAGUACAACAAGCUUUUUAACAGAUGGAGGCUGGAAGAGUGUCAUCCUAGUGGCUGCUUGAUAGAUCUGUGCUUACAAAUGGGAGUUAUUAUGGUUUUAAAGCAAAUGUGGAACAACUUCAUGGAACUAGGCUAUCCUUUAUUACAGAAUUGGUGGUCACGACGCAAAAUGAAGAGAAGAGGGCAAUCAAUGGAGAAUAAAAUUUCUCUACCUCAGUGGGAAAAAGAUUGGAAUCUGCAACCUAUGAAUCUCCAUGGUUUAAUGGAUGAAUAUUUAGAGAUGGUUUUACAGUUUGGCUUCACCACCAUUUUUGUUGCUGCCUUCCCACUGGCGCCUCUCCUGGCACUGCUGAACAAUAUCAUAGAAAUCAGGUUAGAUGCAUACAAGUUUGUCACGCAGUGGCGAAGACCUAUGCCUGCAAGAGCAACAGAUAUAGGUAUUUGGUAUGGAAUUCUGGAAGGAAUCGGUGUUUUGGCUGUCAUCACCAAUGCCUUUGUUAUUGCCAUUACUUCUGAUUACAUUCCACGUUUUGUCUAUGCAUACAAAUAUGGUCCCUGUACAGAUCAAGGGUACAGACAAGAAAAAUGCUUAAAAGGAUAUGUCAACAGCAGUUUAUCAGUAUUUGAUUUGAGUGAACUCGGGAUGGGAUACUCAGGAUACUGUAGGUACAGAGACUACAGAGCCCCACCGUGGAGUUCAACUCCAUAUGAAUUCACUUUGCAGUUUUGGCAUGUCCUGGCAGCAAGGCUGGCCUUCAUAAUAGUAUUUGAGCACCUUGUUUUUGGAAUAAAGUCCUUCAUUGCCUACCUAAUUCCAGACAUACCCAAAGACUUGUGUGACAGAAUGAGAAGAGAGAAAUACUUAGUCCAGGAAAUGAUGUAUGAGGCUGAACUGGAACAUUUGCAAAGAGAAAGGAAAAAGAAUGGGAAACAGUAUCACCAUGAAUGGCCUUAGUCACCACCAUACAACAAAAACACUUUGAAAAUGGAGAGUGAAGUGACAAAAUGAAGUCAGUCUGGCAUCUGUGUGAGAUUUGGUGGUGGUGUAUAUAUGUUCUUGCUAGGCUGUACAGUUGCAUACUUCAGUGGGCACUGAAAAAUAGAUGUUUGCAAUGAUGACAAUAAAAAGCCUUACCUCUAGCUGGUCUAUUAUGAGCUCCAAUCACAAUUGGCAUUCAGAAAUGUGCAGACAGAUUAAAAAUCUGGACACUGUUUUAAAAAAAGGCAAUGGAUUUUCAUGCUGUUUAUGAAGAUACUAUCAGUAUGAUGAAAACAGCAAAUUACCUGUGAACAUAUAGAAUAAGGGCAUGACUAAAACCAAGUUAUGUGAUAUUGACUACUUGUACAGCUUCUGAUUGCUCAGCUCCAUCUGUAAUGCCUCUAAAGAACAGAGCAGUUGUUGCCUUUGUGGCCAUGACUUGAUCUUUCAGGCUUACUGUUUUGUCAGGUUUGUCCUAGUCUCUUGUUGAGAUUGUGGAUGUGGUCCUACCCUAAAAAAGGGGUCUGUGGCUGCUAAAUAUAUACUAUGCAGUUUGAGAUUUGCACAUCAGUGUCAUUAAUUUAUCCAUCUAGUUGAAAACCAAAAAGUCCAAAUUCCGAAAGAAAACAGCAGCGCUAGGUGAAUGUAAUUUUCUAUUUGAAAAUUACACAGCUGUUGAGUUGAGUUUCCACUUUCGUGUGUGGAAAGGCCAUCUCCACACAUUUGCAGGGUGAAAGAACUGUCAUUUCCAUGCUAACUGUGUUCCUGUUCCUCUUGAUCAGUCUGAGCAGUGAUUCCAUGACUUCACAGAAUGCUAACUUGAAAUACUCCCAUGCAGUGCAAAUGACUUUCUCUUCAAAAUACAAUUAUAUCUUUAUAGUAUGCAAGCUUCUGCAGAUAUAUAUGAGAUAUGCAGUAUAACAUGUGGCUUGCUUGUUCAGGGAAGGAGAAGAAGAGCAAAGUGUAACAAUGUUCUUCUUAUUCUAAUAGUAAAUGUUGCAGUAAUGUACACUUUUAUUGGCCUAAAUAUGUCAUGACAUUGGAGCUGGAUACAGGCAAAUAUGUAUACAGAUUGUAUAUAAAUGCGUACACACAUUGUGGUUACUCUUAGAUUUAUUAUUAUUAUUAUUAUUAUUAUUAUUAUUAUUAUUAUUAUUAUUAGUAUGCCUUCUUACACUUGGGGGGGAUUUUUUCGAUAAAAUCACUACAAAAGUAGAUGUUCAUUGAAGAAUCAAAUUUCAGUUUUUAUGUGCAAACAGCAUACUGCAGUGUUGCUUGUGCUUAAUAGUUACAUUCUGGUGAUGAAAUUGUCUGUCACUAACAUUUCAUAAUACAGGAAAAGUACUUAAUGGUGAAAAAAGUUUGAAGGGAUACCUUGCAGGGAAGGGAAUGGAUAAACAGAGUUACAGUUGUUCUGUUUCUCUUGUACAAUUUUAAAUAAUGCAUCUCUAUAUUGGAUGAGAAAAAUCUGAAAAACAGAGUCAGCAAAGCACAGUAACCACAAAAUCUACAAAUUUUGACAUUAUUUUUAGGGAUAAAGCUACAACAAAAUCACUGCUGACAGAUAUGGCAAGACCUGAAUUUUCACUAUUUACAUUAUCCUGUUAAAUUAAAAAGUGUGAUUCCAGUACUCACUUGCAUUUAUUAGCACAAUAAUUUUAUUUUGUUUCACUGAAAUUAAUUUCAAGAGCCCAUCAAAGUGGGUAAAUAGGAUCUGGAUUGUAUCCAGAGAGCUAACAUCAGACUUUUAAUUUCUUCAGUUGUUUCACCACAUUAAUGAGAUUUCUGGGUUAAUUUCAGCUCUGUUACCAGACAAGGCACUCGUAGGACUGUCUGUAGUACUGCAUGAAAGGAGGCAAUAAAUAUGAAGAUCUGGUCCAAUCAGAUACAUUACCCAUACAUUCUGUGAUAAAGGAUUGAUGGAACUCAGCUUGCCAGAUUUUGGAAAGGCUGUUUUGUUCCUUCAUUUGUUCCUUCAUACUCUGGGUUGUGCAUUAAGUUCCUCAAGAGUCAACAUCAGAAAAAAAAAUUACUGCACUCUCCUCAGUGUGAAUAGAAUCACAACAUUUUAUUUAAUUUAUUGUCUCUCUGUCUCCUUCUGUGGA